CCACUAUCCAGCCAGCUGAUUUCAACAAAGAGUAGAAAUAUACAUAAACAAUUCGUUCUACUUGAUUUUACCUAUUGCGUUGUCCUAAGUUAAUUAGCGUUACUCAGUAAAUAUUAGUACAAAUUAGAUCUUGAAACAAAUUUUACUCGAAGUAGUCCCACAUUUCAAUAAAAAGUGAAUAUAAAAAACAAUAAAAAAGAAAUCUUGGACCUGUUUCUCGAUUCAGAAAUACCUAAUGUCGUCGGUAUCGGAUGACGACAUCACAAGACAAGGUGCUGGAGUAACUGUCGAUUUUCCUGCUCUUGGCGGUGAAAUUGAUAGUGAGCUAUGUAAUACGUUUGAAGAGUCGGAUGUGAUGAGUGAUUCGGAAGAAGGGUUUUAUUAUGCUGGCUAUCGUUUGGAUCAAUAUGCAUUGGAUGUAGCAGAUUUUAGCUCACAGUAUGGCAGUGAUUACAGUAUUUCGUAUACAGCUACAAACAUUACUGGAAAACCGCGAAAGUAUCCUGAAUAUGGUGAUUUUCCUGAAACAUUCGCAAUGCGUACUUAUGGAGAUUGGUGGGAAAAAGCACCUAGUUAUAUUCCAGAAAUUCAACAGCAAAAUAUUUCCAAAAUACCUGCCAAAGAUUACAUAGUUUUAUGCUUUGAGGAGUAUGUGAUUCCCGAAGAAAUAGCAGUAUAUGAGACUUUUAACCCAGGGGGUCUAAUUCGUAUCUGGGCGUACACCAUAUUAAAAACCUGGGUUUGUUUGUGGGAAGCGAAAAAAGUGUAUGCACCAUCACCGAAACUUGUCAAUAAGGCUCGACGUUUUUCUCCUAAACUGAAAACCCUAAACAUACCUACAAGGACAAUACGUCUAGAAUUUAAUCAGAUGGGGCUGAGCUAUUUUACAGAAAUCGACGCUGUGUUACUAGGAGGUAGAAAAGUUAAUAUAGAAGGGAUUCAAGGAAUAUUGGAUUGUUAUGAACGUCAACGAAAAUGUUCCAUUUUGCGUAAAUUACAGCGAAUUCACUUUCGGCCGAAUAUUAAAGAAAACUAUCAUAAUCACUUGAAAGAAUUUUUCACAAAUGAUUUAAAUAAAUUCGUCAAUAUUGUAUCCAGCAAUACGGAUCUUUUGAAAAAUGAUCUGAGCUCCGAAAAGGAUGAUAAAGCCGUUGGGCUCAAGGAUUUGCCGUUUGAAAUCAUGCUAAAAAUAUUUAGCUACUUGGAUUUAACAUCGUUGUUUUUAGUGGGACAAGUAUCCAAGUAUUUUUAUGACGUGUCUACACAUCCAUUACUCUAUAGUGAAUUAAAUUUAAAACCUUAUUGGCACCUUGCAUCAAGCGAAUUGUUAUGCACUUUGGCAAAAAGAGCUACAAUAUUAAAGAAAUUGGACUUGUCAUGGUGCGGCUUAUUCAAUACAAUUUCUCCAACAGAAUUUAAAAAAUUUAUACAACAGCGUGGUGACAGUCUAAUAUGUCUUAGAUUGGAUUCCUGUAAGAUUCUGAAUGCAAGUUGUAUUGAGACUUUAGGAAUAGUCUGUGACAAUUUGAGAGAACUUUCACUGAGAAAUUGCUCCACUGAUCCGCCCCUACUUAAUUUCUCAUGUUUGGCGAAUUUAAAAAAUCUGGAAAGAUUAGAUCUGUUUCAAACCGUAAUUGAGCCAGAAUUGAUGCUAACCAUGCUGGAAAAUAAUCGAAAGCUAAAACAUUUGAAUUUAGCAUUUUGUGGUAUAUCCGUUAAUAUGGAUGCCGUAGCUCAGCGAAUAGGCCAAUAUAAUCAAGGCUUGGUCACUUUAGACAUGUGGAAGUCCCGUUUUCUCUCGGCUACUGGCUUAGAUGCCUUAUCGAAAUGCCAUGACUUGGAAGAAGUUGAUUUUGGUUGGUGUUUAAGGGAAGUAUCUCUUGGAGACAGUUUAAAAAAAUUGCUAUUAAAUUGUACUAAGCUGAGGAAAUUAUUUUUGGCCACUGUGCGGGGUAUCACGGAUCAUGACGUUGAGAAUAUAGCAAACCUCUGCAGAAACUUGGAGCAGCUAGAUCUAAUGGGAGUUUCUGGUAUAUCAAAGGAUCGUUAUUACGAUGUUUUGGUGAAAUGCCGGAAGCUACAAUUACUUGAUCUAAGCUUUUGUGAUAAUAUCAACAGUGAGGAGAUUGCAUUUUGGGCUCGAACUUUCCAAGUUAAUAUUAAAUGCAGUCAUAUACCCAAUGUGCCUAACGAUAUGAGAUAUUAACUAAAAUACUUCUGUACAAAUUUCCAUAGAGGGAGCUAAUCAAUACAUAUAUGUUUAUAUACAAUUAUACAAAUGUAGAUAUAUUUUAUUUUAAAUAAAAUCAAAGAUAAAGAUUUUGUUCCAUAUGGAAGUAAAGAUCUUAUUGUUAAAUUCCGUUAAAAA